AUGGCGAACCUUGCGAACACCAUGGAGCCUAACGCUGCUGUGACUCUGCAAGUUGUGCAGAGGUUAGGCCAACCGGCCAGAAACAGAAACGGGAAUGGCGAAGGAAAUACGGAUGACAAUGCUGAAGGGAGUGGAGACAACACGGGAGGUGCUCCGAUGACCUUAGCGACUUUUCUCAAGGUGCAUCCGCCAAGUUUCAAAGGUUCAACAAAUUCCACAGAAGCGGACAACUGGUUCCAAGCAAUGGAGCGUGCACUGCAGGCACAGCAUGUCCCACACAACCAAUACGUGGAGUUUACUACUUAUCAGCAUCGGGAAGAUGGCCAACAUUGGUGGCAAGCAGAGUGCCACUUGUUACAGCUUCAAAAUGCCCACGUCCCUUGGGAUGUGUUCCAAACGGCCUUCUACAAGAAGUAUUUUUCUGAGUCUGCAAGGGAAGUAAAGGAGAUGGAACUAUUGCAGCUGGAGCAAGGUUCCUUGUCGGUGGCAGAAUAUACAAGCAAAUUCGAGGAACUUUGUAGGUUCUCUAUGGAGAUCAGGAUGGCUGUGGCUCCUAUGGAGAUCCGUAUUUUCUUCGAUCUGGUGAACAAGGCCAGAAUGGUUGAAGAGAACGCGAAGACGGUAGCCUCGUCAAGGGACACUCAUGGAGUAAACACUAGUAGGGAACGCGAUAACAACCUUGGACCGUGGGGACAAAACCUUAAGAAAUAUGGUGAAGGGAAGCGGUCAAGAGCUUAUUCCCCUAAUAUGAAAUGUCAGGAGUGUGGAAACUACCAUCCAAAUAGGCCGUGCCAAUUGGAUAAGAAACUAUGUUACAAGUGUGGCGCACCAGGACAUUUGGUUAGAGAUUGUCCACUCCGAAGAACACCUGAGGCGGGUCGAUCACAACAACAGGAUUGA